GCGGCUGGUGGGGACAGCAGUCUCUCGAAAAACGCCAGUCCAUCGCAGGGUGUAAAACCAAAGAAGGGGGAGGGAGUGCGCGGUUCGUGUCCGGGCGGCCAUUGCGUGUUACCUUGUUCCUCCGAAAGCCGCGUAAGCGUUACCCCACAGUCGACGAAAAAUCGCGUUGAGCCCUCCACUCAAGCCCCCAAAUCGUCGACUUGAAAAAAGCCCAUCGACCUCUGCUCCGGCGAUCGCUGAAAAAUAAAAACGGCCCCAGUGUCAACUCUCCCAAACCUCCAAAUAAAUAUAAAUCAAUCGAGGCACUCGCCAGUGGGGCGGGGGAGGGACUGGGCGGAAAUACCCCACCGAAAAUAAUAAAAUACUGUAAUAAACCGUUAACUGUUAACCACUGAACAAUAAGUUUGAUUAUCGACGUCGCGUGGUGGAACGUGUGAAGCCCGGGACGCAAACGAUUAAACGGCCCGAUGGCUGAAACCGACAAAUUGAAUAUUGACAGCAUCAUUGCUCGUCUCUUGGAAGUACGAGGAUCCAGACCAGGAAAGAAUGUCCAGCUGACGGAGAUUGAAAUUCGCGGACUCUGUUUGAAGUCGCGGGAGAUUUUUCUGUCCCAACCGAUUCUCCUGGAAUUGGAGGCACCGCUGAAAAUAUGCGGUGACAUUCAUGGUCAAUACUAUGACUUACUACGACUCUUCGAGUACGGUGGUUUUCCACCAGAGAGCAACUACCUCUUUCUAGGUGAUUACGUUGACAGGGGUAAACAAUCCUUAGAGACAAUAUGUCUCCUCCUCGCAUACAAGAUCAAGUAUCCAGAGAAUUUUUUUCUCCUGCGAGGUAAUCACGAGUGUGCCUCCAUCAACAGGAUAUACGGAUUCUACGACGAGUGCAAACGUCGUUACAACAUAAAGUUAUGGAAAACGUUCACGGAUUGUUUCAACUGUCUGCCGGUUGCUGCUAUCGUCGAUGAGAAAAUAUUCUGCUGUCAUGGUGGUCUCAGUCCUGAUUUACAGAGUAUGGAACAGAUAAGACGCAUUAUGAGACCAACUGAUGUCCCGGAUCAGGGAUUACUCUGUGACUUACUCUGGUCUGAUCCGGAUAAAGAUACCAUGGGCUGGGGGGAGAAUGAUCGUGGGGUAUCCUUCACAUUUGGAGCUGAAGUUGUUGCCAAAUUUCUUCAUAAACACGAUUUCGAUCUCAUAUGCCGUGCUCACCAGGUCGUGGAGGAUGGCUACGAAUUUUUCGCCAAACGACAAUUGGUAACCCUAUUCUCAGCCCCGAAUUACUGCGGCGAAUUCGACAAUGCUGGUGCCAUGAUGUCCGUCGAUGAUACACUAAUGUGCAGUUUUCAAAUAUUGAAGCCAGCUGACAAGAGGAAAUUUACGUACAGUGGCCUGAAUUCCGGCAGGCCGGUAACGCCGCCAAGGGCGCCCAACAACAAAACCAAAAAGAAGUGAAUUCAUAACUGAGGUCGAUUAACAAUUUUUUCAUUAACGACGCGGAGACUUUAGGAAUCUUUUUAAGACCUCUUCAGACAUGAAAAAAAAAAAAUAAUAAGAAAUGAAAAUAAUCAUCCUUUUCUCCCCUCCCCCUCCCCCCCUGCAUCAGAAAGUAAAUGACAACUUUUUAUUCCUUUCCCCUUUUUCGUAUACGAUGAAUAAUCAUUGAUCACUGUCAGGAUCCUCCAUGGAGUUCAUCACUCUUUUUUUUUUUCUCAAUCGAUCGAACUUCAUGGAGAGGAGGACGAGAGAAAUAACCGGAGCGUAAUGUUUUUUUCCUCAUUUAUAAUUUUUUUUAAGGCACAUUUCGAUGUUAUGAUAACUGGGUGGUCAUCGAGAUGGAAAUUGAGGUAAUCUAGACGAAACCGAAACUCGGGGAUUCCAAUGAGACUUGGUAAUUGUGCAUUCAGUGGUGAAACGAGAUGAAUCAAUUCAUUUUUCUUUUAAGUUCAUGGAGAAUGUCUUGGGGCCUGAGGGAGAUGGGGAAUUUUUUGUGAAAAUGAAAGCAGCAAAAAAAUCCAGACAAAAAAUUCCGCGUCUUUUUUAGAUCUCGGGAUCUUCUCCAAGACCUUGUCUGUUCACAUGCAAAAAAAUUGAAGAAAAAUCUAGAACUUUUUUAAAUAAAUUUUAUUAAAGAAUUCCACAUUUUGGGCUAAUGACUUAAAAAGCCAAUGGAUUUUGGUUUUUCCAUAACCUUGAGCACAAAUUUUCCAAGUUUUUCCCUGAAUAAUAAAAUGCAAAAAAAAUUGGAAAAUUCAUACCCAAUUGUUUUUAUAAAGACAUCGAAAUCUAUAGACUUUUUUCUAUGAAAAAACAUUCAAAUUGGCAUAAUUUUUAAUAAAUUUGGAACAAGAAGGACUUAUCAAUAGAAUUUCUUGAAAAAAGCUCUGGGUUUUCGAUCAAAUUCUCAUUCUAAAAUAAAAUAAACUCAUUUCGUUUCGUCCCUCCAUUGAAUUAUCGUUUCGUCAUAUUAUAGAUGAUAAAUUCAUACUUGUUUAUGUAAUAAAAUCAUUAGCCCUUACCGAGGAUUAUUCUGAUAAUUGUAGCCAGUCUGAGAUGAAUAGAAAUAAAGUGAAUUUUGUUGUAUUCGAUGUGUGGAGAUCGAUCGAAUGAAUUAUUAAAACUCAAGUGUUGUUGAUCAAACACCACUGAGUCGCGCAUUUUCACUGAACUAAUCAUAAGAUCUAUGGAAAAUUGAGGGGAAAUGCGGAGAUGAAUCUAUCAAAUUGGAUGUAAUAAAAUCCAUGAAUAAGCCUCACCAAGAUUUACGAUUAUUUUUUGUAUGGCGACGUGACGUAUCUUGGACGAUGCUCAAAAUGGUAACGGGAGCGUUACGUCAUUUGUUGCGAUAUUUCGACCUCGUUCCGUGCGUUCACCCACGCGCCAGCAGAAUGCCAUAGAUAAAUACAAAAAUAAUGAAAAAAAAUAAUGAGCUACAAAAAUAGAUGAAUUGACGAGUCUCUUGGUGCUGCCGAAUUUCCGUGGAUACAGUUGUGAGAGUGAAGAAUAAUGAACAGAAAUAGAUGAAAUGAAAAAAUGCAUAAUUUCCUGGACACAUCCGGUGGAAAAAGUUGGCACGAGGAAUGGAAAAUCAUCUCGGGGAAUGUGUGAAUUUAAAUAAAAUCCCAUCGCUGGUGUAUUCUCAACAUUUGAGGAGAGCUAGAGUAAUUGCGGUGAAAAUAACGAUAAGUGAUGGAACACGUACGAAAAAAUUGGUGAAUCCGGUAGACAAUUCUGUUGGAUUUCUAUUGAAAUUUCUAUUAAUUUUGAAUAAUUCUAUUGAAAAAUUCCAUAACUGAAUAUUCAAUGGCAAAUGUUCUACAGGGAAAAUUAAUAGAAUUCGAUUUUUUAUACAAUUUAUCCUAUCGAGAUAUUUUUGAUUCAAUUUUUAACAUUGAAAAUGUCUGAAUAGAAGAAGUAUAGAAAGAUGAAAUUCUAGUGCUUUGUCCUGUAAAAAAACACAGUAGAGCUGUGGAAUUCCCCAAAAGAAUCGGUCAAAAAUUAAUACAAUAUUCAAUAGAAAUCUCCCAGAAUUUUCCAGUAAAAUAUUUUCGUGCGUGAAUUUAAAAUAAUUAUCUCCGGAUCUCGUCUUCCGAUCAUUGUAGAUGUUAUUUUUUUGUACAAGUCCCUUAUUUUAUCGGAGGAAACAACAUGUAAUCAUCAGAGUAAUGUAAAAGUCUACCCCAAUAACAAGUAACCAUGAGAAAAUUGUGGGAGAAAGUUGAUCGUAUUAAAUAAGCAUCGUUUCAUUGCAUUA